AUGAUUGCAAAUGUAUUUCAACGAAUGCUAAAAUCUCCACAGCUUACCUGUUGCUGUUUUGUUAAUAAUAUUCGCUACGUUGUUUUGAUAUUAUUAAUUGCUUGUUUAAGUAUUUUAUUCGCCAAUAUUAUUCUCUACAGUAUUGCUGUAAUAUAUGAUGAUUAUCAGAAUACUCAAUUAUGGAGGCAAGUGCAUUUGACAGAGCUAACUUCUACAGGAAAAAAGCGAUUUUUGCGAAGCGUUGUUAACAAUGACAGUUUGGAAAACUCAGAUAUAAAGAGCAGACAUUUAAUGGAAAUAUUGGAAAGAGUAAAUUUCAAUUUCAAUGAAACUGUUGAGUCGUAUGGAAAUACAAAUGUAAAUGAUGAAAAAACAACAUCAUUAAGGCCAAUUGGUGCGGAUCUUUCAAUCUUUCGUAAGCAAGAAGGUAGUGAACAGCUGACUUAUAAAAAUGGCUUACAACUUGAUAAGGACAGACAGUGGGAUGACAAUUUGAAAGAUGGUAACGAAAAAUCGAGACAGCAAAUUGAAAUAGAAAGUAUUGCACAUCGAACACCGGAGAAGAGAAUGCAACACUUUUUGAUUUGGACUGCUCCAGGUAUUGGAAUGUUUUGUGGAUCUUUCUCUAUUUCUUGGUUUCUUCGGUCAUUUGGUGGUCGUCGGUUUUUUGCAUUUAUGAUGAUGGUAUCAGCUGCAGCAACUGCCUUACUUGUCGUGACACCUCAAAUUAAAUACGGCCGAUAUUUAACAGCUUGCAUGCGAUUUAUCCAGGGUUUAGUUUUUGCCAGCGUUUAUCCGAUAAUCGGUUUAGUGAUAGCAAAUUGGGGAACUCUCAAACAGCAAUUUCUAUUUUUGGUUUGUUGUACAUCUUUCAUUCAGCUAGCACCUUUAAUUAGUUGGCCAAUUUCAUCUUUUAUAUUCGCUCACGAUUGCCGAGCACCAUUUUUGGUACAUGCAGCGUUGACUUGUUUACUAGCAUUUGUCUGGCUGGUUAUUUUUCGAGAAAAACCACAAUAUCAUUCCUCAGUGAAUGGAUUGGAACUGAACAAAAUUGUGGCCGGAAAAAUUAAGGCUGAACACAACCGAAUUAUGGCGGAGAAUCCGUGUCGACCGUUGAUUAUGUCAUUUCCGGUUUGGGCCAUUUGGAUUGCUGCUUGCGGUUAUUUUCUUGUUGUAUCGGUUGCUGUUCAGUUCUUACCCUUGUACUGCCUGCUGAUUAUUCGUGAAACUCGCACUGAUAUCGCACUACUGGCUGCUAUUCCUUUCUUGUUUAUGUUUAUAAUGACAGAGCUUCACUGGCUGUGGUAUCGUUUAGCGAAACAUUUUAGUGACAGAAUAUCAAUACUAACAUUCAACACUAUCUCUUUUGUUAUUUGUUCAUUGAUUUUUAUUUUUCUCGCAAUAUUUCCUCCUGGCGGAGUAUUUCAUGACAGUGUCGUGGCGGCAUUCACUUUCAUCCUAUGCAUUUUAACAUUAUCUCUUUACGGGUUUUAUCGUAGUGCGAUAUUAGUGGGCCGUUUUUUUGGGCAAUUUAUUAUUUCCUAUAUUCGGUUUUUUACUGGUUUUGCAUUUUUCUUUACAGCUGCAGCUGUUGUUUUCUUUGUGGAAGAAUAUAAUGCUGAUGAGUGGCGAGUAAUCUUUUUGAUGUUAGCAGCUCUUCUCUUGAUUUCUGCUGCCGUGUUUGGAAUAUUUGGAAGUGCAUUACCUGAAGAAUGGUCAAAGGAUAGUUGGGAUCCAUCAGUUGCACGUCCAAUGAUUACAUUUGAUCAAAUUGAUUAUCAUGCAGAUGAAUGUGGCGUUUUAGAAAUGAGAAUUUUAAGAUAA